UCGAAAGAACUCUGCACAAAAAUGAACGCAAAGCAGCAGAAACACAAGCAGACGUUCACGCAGCUGGUGAGCACAAUCAAGCAAGAAUGUCGACGGGCGACACGAAACGGGAAGGCUUUGAAGCGGGCUGGCGUGAUGUUGGUGAAAACCAGUGGAUCCACAAUUACCUUCGAGAAGAAGUGGAAGCACGGUGGUCUCUCAACCAAGUACAUCACGCCGCCUUCGCUGUUUGCCUCAUUUUGGCCGCCCUCGUUGGAGCGGCUCUGUUCCUUCAUUACAGAGGGGACGGUGGCUUCAGCAAUGCCAGAGAAAACCACCAAUGCUAUGAUAACGGCGGGGGAACGUUCUGUCCUCUUUUAACGUUGAUAAAAGAACUCAAUUUUCUACGGCGAGCGCCAUCCAGCAGUGACGGAGCACAUGUCAAAUGUACUCUGGAGGUGAAGACCACGGAGACGUCGAUUGGGAUACCCCAGCAUUCAGAGACUGAAGUUUACAUGAGACUUUCAUUUACGUCGACGAAGCCCAUAGCACCGAUGGAAGGCAACGUGAUGGUCAAUAGCAACGAUACGUGUCGUUAAACUCAUUGCGGCAACGCUACUCUUUAUGAUAUGAUUUGAUACGCAAUAAUUUAUAUAUGCAUAUGAUUUUACACAGCCUAGCUUCUAUGACAGAGAUAAUGCUGAGUUCGCAGUACGUGUUACUGCUGUUGAUAUAUUGCAUUAUACUGCAUGAUACUUCGUAGGUUGGUUUCCUUUACGCACAGGAUCAAUAAGUGUGUGAUGAGGACUGCAUACUACUUUUGCGACAAAAUGAAAGUUGACAGAGUUUUAGGAUGUUGAAUGUAAUGUAAUGGUAAUGGAUAGAUGAACAUAGAUGUUGAGAUGUAAGGUGUUGAGAUGUAGCGUUCAGUAUUGUAGUUUUGAGUUUAAACGAGUUGAUAGGUAACUAGUGGGUAGGAUUUAUUUUGAUUGAUUUCUUCAGCGGAAUAUUUUGUUUUUUCUUCUUCGUGUUAGCGAAGCAACCAUGGCUAUGAGCGGCGUACAGUCGUGGACAGAUGUAGAGGGGACAGCAAGAGGAAGCUGAGGACGACGGAGGAGGAUUGAAGGAGUUCUUGUACAGAACGAUUUGGAUUUUAUCAUUUUUUCUUCAGAGGGAUGUGUUUUUGAGUUGAAUUAAAGCUUCAAGCACGAACCAUUUUUUAAACAUGUACUGCAGCAGCACGCCCUCGAUCCGUAUUAUUAACCAUGCUGUUCAGUAUAUCACCAGCGGCGUGGCACUACAGUGCAUAGAGCAUCGUUGGAUAUUCAGCAGCGGGGUGAGGUAUAAACGCCGUGUCGUCUUAAUUGUUCAUUCAGCUUCAUCUGAAAUUCACGUUACACAAGGGUACCCGUGUGUUCAAGUUCACAAGAGCAGAAUCCCCUAGGAUACUCCAGCGGAACAGCAGAGAAUGCCUUGCGCACGUAGCAGACGACAGUGCCGAUAAUGUCGUCUGCUAUGCAGGCAGCAUGUCAUCAUGUCAUUUCAGAUAUAUCCCGGCGCCGUGUGAGUGCCCCUCGACUGAUUUUACUGUAUGUAGCACACUGUCCUGGACCGGACUAUCGCCCCCUUCCAGAAAAGUCGUGGAUCCGCCCCUGCUCCAAGGUCACGCUGAGGACUGGAAGGUAAUGGGUUCGAAACCGUGUCUCACCUGCUGUGCUCCCAGGUUUUCUGGCAGAUAAUUCCAGACGAGUGUCGGCACAGUUCCCCCAUGAUGUAAGCCACGUAUACUAACCCCGUCACCCCUGCCUGCAGUCCUUUCUCAUCUUGUUCACUUCUGUACACCGCUUAUAGCCACGUUUGCUUCGCAGUGCUUAAACGAAAUAAACAAACACUGUUCCAUUGAAAGUC